AUGAUUGCAUCGGGUGGAUUCGCAAUCGGCAGGGGUGCACUUGUGGUAAGCCAGCUUAGCCAGCAGGAGCUACUUACCAUAAAUAUAGUGAAUGCCACUUUUAAGGGCAACACUGCUGCUAACGGGAACGGCGGAGCCUUAAAGGCGUUUAUGGCCAUUGUCACAGCCACGGAUGUCGCCUUCAUCGGCAACGAGGCUCGGGGAGCAGGUGGCGCUGUGUACCUGGAGCUCGUCCAAGCAGCUUUCAGUCAUUGUCAAUUCCUCAACAACACCGCUGCCGGCCUGGGAGGUGCCAUCUACCACUCAUCGUCCGCCCUGGGGCUUAGUAACUGCAGUUUUCUUGGCAAUGCUGCGGACAGCAGCGGGACCGACAGCGGGGCAGUCCGAGGGCCAGUCAGCGGAGAUAGAUGGUCGUCAAACUCGGGGGGAGCCAUCUAUGCCCUGCGUUGCAAGGAUCGCAUGUUGCUUAGCGCUAGUGAACUGGGGCACAACCGCGCGAACGAAAGGGGCGGCGCAGUAGCGUUGCUGACGUGCGGCAUGACUGCGGAAGGUUCCUCCUUUUACAACAACACGGCGAAGCUUGGGGGCGGAGCCGUUGCGGCGGGCCUUAAGACGGUCGACGAUAACGCCACAGGCGUUCCGCUCCUCCUGAAAAGCAGCAACUUGACAGGAAACACAGCCGUGAUGGAAGCUGGUGGCUCGGUCUUCAUAGAGAGUUUGCCACUGACAGUAGAGCACAGCCGGCUGGAGUACAACACGGCUAACCAGCAGGGAGGCGCUGUGUACAUGGGGCCCUCUUCUUUGCUGAUCGUUUCCGGAACCAUCAUGCGAGCCAAUCAGGCCGGUGUGACUGGAGGUGCUGUACAUGCCCAGGGCGCUCCAACUGGCCAGCCGGUGGCUGUCCUUCAGGGCCUCCAGGCGUGGGAGAACCGGGCGCGGACUGCCGGUGGCGCAUUGUGGCUGUCGGGCUGGAAGCUGCAGCUUAGCGCCUUGGAGGUUUCUGACAAUGGGGUUAGUACAGCGACAGUUGCCGGUACUGGCAAUGUCGGGGGAGCCAUGUACGUGGCCAACUGCAUUGGCGACGCGUCCAUAAGCAAUGCUAGCUACUUCGGGAAUGUUGCAUUUCAAGGUGGGGCCCUGUACGUGGAGCUUUGCGGCAUGCAGAUCAAGAACUCAACAUUCGGGAACAACAACGCCACAGGGGGAGAUGCGGCAUACCACAUCACCCUUUUCGUCAACGAGACGCACUUCCUGGACAAUAGUGCAGAGCUGGAGGGGGGAGCUGUACACCUGCAGAGCUUAUUUGACAGCUGCAAUUUCGGUCGCAAUAACGCCAGCAACUCCGGUGGGGCGAUGUACCACGAGACAUCUGCCGUACACCUGAGCAAUUGCAAGUUCUACGACAAUAGCGCCGGAAUUGGGAGCACGACCGCGUCGAAUGCUGGCGUGGCCCAGGGCAUUUCCACGGCUGGCGGGGGCAUCUUCGCGGCCAGUUGCACCGGCAUUAUGGAAAUACGAAAUUGCGAGUUGCUCCGAAACCAGGCAGAUGGGAUGGGUGGCGGUAUGUCGCUGCUUACCUGCGAGACGAUGAUGGAGAGCUCGACCUUGACCGGCAAUGUGGGGAAACUGUCAGGCGGCGGCGUGGCCGCUGGGCAUCAAGCCACGACCUCAAAGCCGCAGCAUUGCAACCUCACGGGCAACAAAGGCGUGAAGCAAGACGGCGGCGCCGUGCACACAGCUGGUGUGCCAUUUCUCUUACACGAUUCCCGUUUCCUCAACAACUCAGCGCAUCGACAGGGAGGCGCGCUAUUCAGCUUUGCAGCACCCCUGGUUCUUCUAACCGAAAGCACAUUUGCCGGUAACAUCGUUGACCUAUCGGGCGGGGCAGCCCUGUUUGCGAGCCCAAAGGUUCUGCAGGUCAAGAGCACAGCUAUGGUUGAGAAUACGGCUGGGCUCUCCGGGGGCGGGCUGGCGCUCGUGAAUGCGUAUUGCUCCCAUUUUGAAGGCUUGAGCUUUGCUGCCAAUGCGGCGGCACAGGGAGGAGGGAUUCACGUCGUCAUGACCGAGUUCACUAGGAGCCCGGCUGGCGACGGCCUGGACUGUCUGGGAGAUUUCACGGCGCUGCUGGGAGGUAACUGGACUGAACACCUUUCCAACGCAUCGCGAACCGUCAUCGAGACGAAGAAGGAUGAUUUGGUGUUGGUAGCGACGAAUAUCUCAGCUAUUGGCAACCUUGCACGGUUAGACCAAGGCGGCGUGGUGCUCUUCGAGGCGAUUCGUGGGUCCGUCCUCUUAGACAGCUUCACCGCACGUGCAAAUCGUGCGGGCAACGCCGGCGGAGCGAUUGCGGUCUCAAACAGUCUAAUUGAUGGCACCACAGUCUACCUGUCCUCCAGCGAUCUCCAAAGCAACGCAGCGGUGGAGCGUGGUGGAGCCCUCGCACUUGAUGGCGCCUCUACCCAUCAACAGGUUGUUGCAAUAAACACCACACUGAACUCCAACACCGCGGGCCUGGGAGGAGCUGUGAGCUUGCAGCAGCUGGCGUCAGUCGCGUUGCACGGCUGUAUCUUGGAGGGCAACGUCGCGGACGGUGGCGGGGCCACUGGGGAGGGUAGCGGCGGGUCUGUGCACGCGUAUGCAUGCAAGUUGCUGCUGGCGAGCGAGACAAGGAUUGAGGCUUCGGUCGCCAGCGAAGGUUACGGCGGUGGUAUCUACACGGAGGGCUGUGAUUUGGUCAUGCUUUCAAAAGUUCGUCUGACAGGUAACAACGCGUCAGCAAUUGGCGGCGCAGCGUUUCUUUCCGGUUCCAGCAACGUGAACGCCGCCGCAUCCUUGGCGUUCGUCUCGGGAGGCCGAAUGGACGGCAACACUGCCGGCGGGGUUGACGGCGGCGGUGGCACCAGCAGGAACAAAGCCGCUUUCCUUCGAACGGGUUCUGCAGGUGCUCUGUAUCUGGGAGGCAGCAUGACGUUCCUGGUAGACCAAACUCUUUUCGACGGCAAUAUAGCCGACGCUCAAGGAGGUGCAGUGGGCAUCGAUCUCGACUGCCCGCAGGCCAUGCAACAAGCUGCUCGCCGGAGCAAUUCGUUCAGCUGCUGGACUGCAAUUCUCAAGGAGCCACGACUUUGGGGCAAUACAGCUGGGGGUAGCGGUGGUGCUGUGUUCUCCAGCUCUCCAUACACACUGGCCAUGAUUUGUGGCAGCAACUGGACUGUUUCGCCGACGCCAGGAGCAUCCACAGACCAACAGCUGGCAGGUCUGGUCACCACAACCACAUCAAGAGUGGCCUCGUCUUCCAGCAGCCUCGAUGUCGUUAACGUCGACACAGGCCAGGUCGAACUGCUGCAGGACAGCGACAACUGGGACAUCAGUACGACAGCGCCGUACAUGGGUUUACUGCCGAAGGCCGACACCGGCACGGAUUCCUGCUUCUGGAGGCCGCAAAUCUCGGUGACGGCUGCGGGGGACAGCGAGGAGGGGACCUUACCAAACCGCGCACGCUUGGGCUACGGUGAUGCUGUCGCCACAGCGCCGAAGGUCGUCGUGCUUGUCGCCAUAGGAGAGGGUGAACCGGCGAUGACCUACGUUAGAAACAGGCUAGGCGUGCUAGGAGAUGCGCUAAAAAAUGCUUCGGCGUCUAGUGAGAACGGGACUUCACUCAUGGCGGUUGGCAGCGGCAGCAGCGGCGCCGGCAGCGACACCAGCAGGCCAUCUAGCCAAGGGCCUUGGUGGCCACUGUGGAUGAGUCGUGCUGUGCUGGAGCUCCGUAGUCGAAGGGCAUCGCAGUGUUGGCCGGGGCAGGAGUGCCGGUUGAUCAUGCCUACUAACGUCGCUAUGGGCCUGAACAUUUCGAUCUUCGAUGCGAUUAAACAAGUCGUUAACGAUACGGGAGAUUUGAAACCCGUGGUUCGUGCGACCAUUGCAUCUUCCGAUCCCAGCCGCCGCGCGGACCUACUCGGUAAUCCACUGGCACAGGUGGACAGCGGUUCAGCGUCACUGGAGGCUGUUCGUGUACACGCGCGCAAGGGGAACUACACGUUGACGCUUGCGGUGGACGUGAACAUCGACUUCCAGGUGACUCCGCUCAUAAUCAACGUGACUGUUCCACCCUGUUCCUUUGGGGAGCUGCCACUCGACAAUGGAUACGUAUGCUCUAAGUGCCCUGUCGAUACCUUCACCUUAAGGGUCGACAAUGAUGAUAGUUACAACGGUCGGAGCAAGCCUGCAGACGAAAAUUGUGCGGCAUGUCCAUACCAUGCGAAAUGUACGGGCGGCGCAGUACUGGUUCCGGAGCAGGGCUACUGGCACAGCGCGGCCAACUCCACAAUUAUCCAUCAGUGCCCAAACAUGGACGCCUGCAGGAAUGACGACGACGACGCCAACAAUGAGCUCUUGCGUUGCCAAGAGCGUUGGUAUGCCUAUUUUGGCGAGGCAAGCAGGUUCUCUUCAUUGCUGCGCGAUCCGACAGGGGGGACCUCCCUGGUGGGCAUUUACCUGGACCUUUACCGGAAAGUGGCGGCCGUGCCGAACAAUACAUAUAAUGGGUCACUCUACACACCGCUUUCACCUGAGGGCAUUUUCGAUGGCUUCCUGCUCGACUGUGCACUGUGGGGCGUGCGUAGCGACGAUCUCCUGAGCUAUAUGCAGAAGCAAUGCUCCGAGACUAUUUUUAGCAAGAUCGUACACGAAGCAGACUUGACGUGCAGCCCGUGUUUCAGCAAGGUGGCGAGCGCAUUUAUUGGUCUUGCCUUCUUCGUCGGCAACACGGCUUGGCUAGGAUUCUCCGUCCUCAUGACCUUCAUGACGGAUUACACACUUCCUAACGAGGAGGGUCUGCCGGCAGCAGAUUUGCUCAAAGUGCUGAUCGUGCACUAUCAGUUCUUCCUUAUUGUGACCCGCAUCAAUAUUAACUGGCCAAACUCGAUUGUCGGACUCCAAGCUGUGGUGGGUAGCAUCACCGGCAGCGUCAAGCAAGUGCUAGCUGGCCUUCUUAUGCCCAUCUUUUCCGUCAUCAUGGUCAUGUUCCUUUGGACCCUGAGGCAUUGCGCGUAA